AUGGAAACAAAUCACGACCAUGAGCUUCCACUCUUACAAGGACAGGCCAAUGGUGCAUCCAACAAUACCAACGCUACCAACAAAAGCAAUAGUGUUGGCGAGGAUGGUUUGAUUGAGUCUGAGCUUGGGUCUGAGAUUGACCAUGUCAUAGGAGCAGUUGUUGACUCCGAAGAAAAGAAGAAAGAGAAGCAACGUGAGCACACAAAACAGCAUGACAGAAAGCGGAAACAAGAAAAUAUCACAGCAUCUACAGGUCUAUGCAUUUUGAUUCUGAUCCCUACCAAGAGCACCAAGCCUAUGACGGUCGACCCUUCUACGCAUUACGGACGCUUGUUCAACCAGGAAUAUCACGACAAUAUUGAUUUCCAAAAUGUCUUCUUUCCAACGGUUAUUGGUUGUUUGGACAAGAUUCCCCUUAUCAAUGCAGACAAUAUCACUCAACUUCCUGGAAACAACGACGUUCCGAGCUAUGUGAUUUCAAGUGGUCUCUACUUGGUUCUGGGAUAA